AGUUGCUCAAAAACAAUUCUAGUGGCUGAAGAAAUUCCUCCAAAAUAGAUGGGCCCAAGAGAGUGGUUCGAUGUAAUUGUGAAAUAGGGAAUAUUUAAAGAAACGGUUGAAUGUUGUUAUUUUUCACAUUAAGGCAGUAGAGAAUAUGAGAUAAUUUCCAGUGAUACCUGAGAUUUACAAUUAUGAGCAGAUUCAGAUAGUAUAAAGUUAACUACAGAGUUAAGCUUCUCUGAGAAAAUGAAGUCAUCUAACCAGGCUUGAUGCUUUAUGAAGAAACUAUUAGAAUUUAAUCCUAGAUUUAAAAAUGGCAUGCAGGCAUAAUAGCUCUUAAAAAAAAAAAUUGUGUUCAUUUUUUAAUUUCAGCAUUAGAAAAAUGUAUGUUACAUAGAAGUCACCCAAAAAUUACUUGGGGAAGGAAGGAAUGAGAAGAGGAACCUGAAUAGAAGACAUUUAAAUAUUACAGAACUGAAGGCAUAGAUGAAAGAUUUCUGUCAAACAAGUGAUGUCUGUGUGUCUGUUUUAUUGUCACUCACGUCUCUACUUUCCAGCAGACUCAUCAACAACAUGGAAUCAGGAAACCAGACAAGUGUGCCAGAAUUCCUCCUCCUUGGUCUCUUAGAAGAUCCAGAACUACAGCCCCUUCUCUUUGGGCUGUUCCUGACCAUGUACUUGGUCACUGUGCUUGGAAACCUGCUUAUCAUCCUAGCUGUCAGCUCUGUCUCUCACCUCCACACACCCAUGUAUUUCUUCCUCUCCCAACUCUCCUUGGUUGACAUCUCUUUCACUUCCACUAUAGUCCCCAAGAUGCUGGUGAACAUACAGACAGAGAACAAAGCCAUCACCUACACAGGCUGCCUCACUCAGGUAUAUUUUUUUAUGGUUUUUAUAUGCAUGGACAAUUUACUUCUGACCGUGAUGGCUUAUGACCGCUAUGUGGCCAUCUGCCACCCUCUGUAUUACACAGUCAUCAUGAACCUCCCCCUCUGUGGCCUCCUGAUUCUUCUCUCUUUGUUCAUUAGCAUUAUGAAUGCCUUGCUCCACACUCUGAUGGUGUUCCAUCUGUCCUUCUGCACAGACUUGAAAAUUCCCCACUUCUUCUGCGAACUCUCUGAGAUCCUCAAACUCGCCUGUUCUGAUACUCUUAUCAAUAACAUCCUGGUGUAUUUAGUGACUAGCUUGUUGGGUGUUGGUCCCCUCUCAGGGAUAAUUUUCUCUUAUACUCGAAUUGUCUCCUCCAUCCUGAGAAUCCCAUCAACUGAUGGAAAAUAUAAAGCCUUUUCCACCUGUGGGUCUCACCUGUCUGUUGUUUCCUUGUUCUAUGGGACUUGUGUUGGUGUCUACCUUAGUUCUGCAGCUAAUUUCCCCUCCAGGAGGAGGGCAGUGGCCUCAGUGAUGUACACUGUGUUCACUUCCAUGAUGAACCCCUUCAUCUACAGCCUGAGGAACAGGGACAUUAAGGGGGCCUUGAGGAAACUCAUCUCUGGAACAUUUUCCUUUUCAUGGUUCUGUCAUCUGCCUUGGGUAUGGGCUUCUAGAAUGACUCAAAGGGAAUAAAAUACUGAGUAUGACAGAAAUCCUGACUCUUCCAUCAUUCAAUUCUCCUAGCAAAGUGGUUAAUCACUUUUAAGUCAAAUAAAUUUGUAUUAAAUCCUUCUGUCC